CUCUAUUUGAAAACAUUCGCGCAUUGAUAAAACAAGUGUAGUGAAUAAAAAUACGGUUCUUCGGUUGCUCGCUCCGGCAUCUCCAUCCCCAAAUGGAACAUGACUUCAGUAAAAACAUGAACAACCACUCAUUGACCUCUUAGAACCGUUGAAUCGCACACGAUGGAGCAAUGCAAUAACGAUCGUCCUUGUGUUAUCAGUAGUGGAAACUUUUUUCCUCAGAAUUCCAAGUCGAAACAGCAGCAGCAGCAGCAGCAUUCGCAGCAUCAGCAGCAACAGCAACACCAGCACCAACAGCACCAGCAGCAGCACCAACAGCACCAACAGCACUCACAGGCAAUCAGCAAGCAUCUAACGCAAAAGGAUGACCCGCACCUGCACAGCCCGCACCAGGACCAGUCGUCACUCGGCGAGAUCGAGGUGAUUCUCGUGCAGCAGCACAAACAGGACGCCCUAUCGGUGAUCAUCCAUCCGCAGGAGAGCAUGCAGCAGAUCAACAUGUGCCUGGGCAGCCAGAACCCGGGCUCGGUCGACUCGAUGAUGUCGUCCGACUUCCAGACGCUCUCGCCGAUGCACGACCGCGACUCGCCGGUCAGCCUCAGCACGAACACCUCGUACGCGACGCUCACGCCGCUACAACCGCUGCCACCCAUCUCGACGAUGUCGGACAAGUUCGCCUACUCGAUCGGGGGCAACAUCUGCGAGGCAUUCCCGGGCAUCGGCAGCGGGGCGGUCGGCGUCAACAUCGAGAUCAACUCGUGCUACAACCUGGAGAAGCUCGGCGUCAUCCACUCGCCGGUGCAUCUCGGCUCGGUGCAGGAGCUCUCGCCGGACGUGCAGGACGUGCUGCAGCAGGAGAAGCAUCAGCAUCACCAGCAUCACCAGCACGUCGUGCUGAAGGAUAGUGGCAAGCUACCGGACCAUCUCACCACCACCAGCAGCACCACCAACACCACCACCAACACCAAUCACCACCAUCACAACAACAACAACAACAACAACAGCAACAACAGCAACAACAACAACAUCGGUGCCGCCUCUGCCUCGUCGUCCUGCUCCUCCGACAAGGAGCUCGACGAUGGCAAGGGCGAGUGCAUUCUAGUCUCUCGUGCCUCACCGCUGCCCUCGAGCCUCGACGAUCGGUUCCUGGGCGGGGGAAGUGGUGGAGGAGGUGGUGGCGGUGGGAAAUCGUCCGAGCACGGGCGGCAUCCGAAGGACGACAGCGAUCAGUACACGGUGGGCACGGUGCAAUAUCUCGACCAGCACUCGGACGUGGUGCUGCACAGCGGUACCAACGGGUCCGGGCCGGGCGGAGGGGGCAGCGGUGGUGGUGGUGGGGGCAGCGGUCUCGGGAGUGUGCUUGCUGGCGGUGGCAAAGAUCACCAUCAGCACCAUCACCAUCAGGCGGUGUUUCUUAACAAGUCUUUCAGUUCAAAAACCAACAACAUAAGCGACCUUAAUCUGUGUAAAGAGAUUGUUAUCGACGACGUGUACGACGAGUCCGAGCUCGACCACGUCAAGCUGGAGGAGAAGAAGCUAGAGGAAUCGUGCAAUCAGCAGCUGGCGAACGGGAUCGGAGGCGGCGGCAGCAGCAGCAGCGGGGGCAAGAGCUCGUCCUGCGUGUCGCUCGGUGGCGACGUCGGCUGCAUCAACGGCGACAUCGAGGAGAUCAACACCAAGGAGCUGGCGCACCGGAUCAGCUCCGAGCUGAAGCGCUACAGCAUCCCGCAGGCCAUCUUCGCGCAAAGGGUCCUCUGCCGGUCGCAGGGCACGCUGUCCGACCUGCUGCGGAACCCCAAACCCUGGUCGAAGCUGAAGUCUGGCCGCGAGACGUUCCGCCGGAUGUAUAAAUGGAUACAGGAGCCAGAAUAUCAGCGAAUGUCCGCACUGAGGCUCGCAGCAACUCAAUCGGCGAAACCAGUUAACUCUAAGAAGCCGGAGGAACCGGAACCUCACGUUAUGAUGGGACACACGAAAAAACCUCGACUGGUGUUUACAGAUCUGCAGAGAAGGACCCUUCAGGCAAUUUUCAAAGAAACUAAGCGGCCUUCAAAGGAGAUGCAAGUUACUAUCGCACGCCAGCUGGGCCUGGAGCCCACCACGGUCGGCAACUUCUUCAUGAACGCCCGGCGACGCUCGAUGGAUAAGUGGAAGGACGAAUCGUCGAAAGGCCGGGGCGGUAGCGACAAUGUUAUACUAGAGCACCUGAAGGACGAUUCGUCCGAUGAGAAUCUGGGCUACGAUAGUGCGUUCGUGUCCGGCGACGGCCCGCUGGAGCACAACUAUCAGCAGCACGUUCUCAACUAAGCAAAUCUUAAAUCAAUUCCCUUAUUUAAUUUAUUAAAUUAACUAGAAAAAAGAAACUAAUACAAAGACAAGAAAGAUAAAAAAAAAUCCGAAAGCAAAAUCACUACAAAAAUUUAGUAGAACAAGAUGCCCCCGGAUGCGAGGAUGUUGACACUUGAAGAAGUUGACUUAAGGCGGACGGAGGAAAAGUUGAAACAAGUUAGAAUGAAAUCAAUGCUAGAUAAAGCAAACCAAAUGAAAAGAUUUAAAAAAAACAACAGCAAGCAGCUACCACAAAAACAUAAACAUACACACGAACAAAUACACAUAUAUACACAAACACAAAAGAAGCACUCACACGCAUACUGAAAAUGUACACUUUCAGCCAGAAGUAAUUGCAAAUGAAGAUUAAGUAGGAUUAUUCAAAGUAAUUGGAGCAACAAAAAAAGGUAAAAUAUAUGUAAGGCGCAAAAUCGGAAUAAAACAAAAGCUGCAAAGAGAAUGUUCUAAUUUCCAACAAAUCACGUCUGGAAAAGAGAAAUGUGGAAGAAACAAGUCAAGCUAGAAAGGAAACAUAAAACAUCGUAGUUGUGUGCUAACAAAAAGAAAGCUUGUGAGAUAAUAUUGUAUGAAUUUUCCGUUUUGUUUGCUGAUCAAAUGAAGUACGUUUGGUUUCAAUUUAUCCGUAAAUUGAACUAAUAAUUAAACAAAAGUAAUAUGAGGGACGGUAGUUGAAAAACGUAAACAAACAAACUCGUUCAUGAGCACUUUUCGUCGAAACAGUACAUUCCUCUAGCUUUACACACCUUGUAUUACGUUACGUGACGAUAGAUUGACUUAUUUUAAUGAAGAAAGAAGAAAAAACACACAUUGACACCUAUACUGACACAGAAUACCAAACAUAUAAUUGAAAGCCUCCCGUAGAGUUUGGCUGUCUAUCCCCCCUCCCCCCCUCUCUAUCGCACGCGGAAGUACUACCGAUUUUCCCGGAGAAGAAAAAAAAAUUAGCGAAAGAGACAUCAACAAACAAAUGAAAAACAAAUCCUGCAAAAUGUAACUCACCAACAACUAGGAGUAGUAAAAAAAACACAACUGAAAACCAAGCAAAACCAAACAAGAGAAAAUUCCAAAAAUUGUACAUGUACUGUAAAA